AUGGCUAUUAAUAUGAGUGAUAAACGAUAUAUUUCCGAAAUAAUAAUUCCAGAAAUUGAAUUCAAUGUCAAUACUAACGGAAUCACACUUCAAGCAAAAUCUAGACUUAGCACUCCACGUUUUCUUCCAUUCGAUCAGUGUGGACGUUGUAGAGAGUGCAAAUCUAUUGAAGUGGAAAUUGAUUUUGUUAUCAAAAACAAAGGUCGUGUACUCAAUAUUCCAUUUAAUGAUCGGGACAGUGUUGAACAAAAGAAAUCUAUUAUUCAACCUUUGUCAAGUUAUCCAGAUAAAACCGAACAAGAGAAAGAUUCAGGAUUAAAAAUAGAGCAUGAAUUAAAAACUACCAUGGAUGUAGAAAAUAAUAACGAGAUAGUAAAGACAACUCAAGAAAAGACUGAAACAAUAAAAACAGUAGAGGAAGAAUUGGAUGAUUUUUUCAAAUCGAUUGCUAAUGAAAAGAAUGUCGUAAAACGAAGUGUUAGUAAUGAAGAAAAAAUUAAUGAAUCAUUUUAUAAUGAUACGACUGAUCCUAAUACUCAAAAAUUCACAGAUAUUGUAAAUCAGAAUUCAGUUUAA